AUGAGUCAAGUUUUCGAAGGAUACGAACGCCAAUAUUGCGAACUCUCUGCUAAUCUCUCCCGUAAAUGCAGUUCCGCUUCUCUUCUUUCUGACAAAGAAGAGAAGCUGCAAAAAAUUUCUGAGAUCAAAACUGGACUUGAUGACGCAGAUGUUUUGAUUCGGAAGAUGGACCUUGAGGCAAGAAGUCUGCAGCCAAGUGUAAAAGCAAUGCUUCUUGCAAAGUUGAGGGAAUAUAAAUCUGAUCUAAACAACUUGAAAAAAGAACUUAAAAGAUUAACAUCUCCGACUGCCGAUCAGGCUGCCCGGGAUGAUUUGUUGGAGACCGGAAGGGCAGAUGCAUAUUUGGCAUCUUCUGAUCAGAGAGAAAGACUAACUAUGUCAGUGGAGAGAUUAAAUGAGUCAAGUGAUAGAAUCAGGGAGAGCCACAGAACAGUGUUGGAGACCGAAGAACUUGGCGUCUCAAUCCUCCAAGAUUUACACCAGCAGCGCGAGACUCUCCUGAGCUCCCAUAAAAGGCUUCAUGGAGUGGAUAAUGCUAUUGACAAGAGUAAGAAAGUUUUAACCACCAUGUCACGGAGAAUAACAAGAAACAAAUGGAUCGUUGGAUCUUUGAUUGGAGCUCUAGUUUUUGCAGUAGUUGUUAUUCUGUUUUACAAGCUAUCUCGUUAG